ACGAACGCCAAGCUGCAUGUACCGAACCAAAUCGUUUAUUAGUUACUCCAAGAUUACACAUUCAGACGAAAGUGGUAAACUGAAAUAAUCACAACCAUGUCCAACGCCGAAACGAUAGAUUUGUCCGAAGAGCAGGACGCCAUGGACGAAAGUGCCGAAAGAACGGACACGGAAGAUGAGGACACUUCCGGCGGUGACACAAACACGGAGGACGAAGAUACGGAUGACGAUGAUAACGACGAGUCAACUGAAUCAAAGUACAUUAAAGAGUACAUUGAGAUUCUAACUAAGAUUGCCGGCGACAAGUACAACUACGACAACUAUGCUGAACUGUUGGAAGUUGCACACCAAAUGAAUGACCUGGAGAAGAUCCGGCAGAGUGCGGAGAUUUUCGCCGCAAUGUAUCCCCUGUCGCCGGAGAUAUGGUUGCGGUGGUUAAAAAUUGAAGCUUCCAUUGCCACGAGCGACGAGCAGAUAGAGAAGGUGGAAAAACUUUUCCAAAGAGCGCUGAACGACUACUACUCGGCCGACGUUGCAAUGGAAUUUGCCGAACUGGCGAUGAAAACCAGUAGCAAGGAUAUUUCGGACCGCAUCUGGCGUACCCUGAUACCAACGUACGGACUGCACACUAUGAAGGGAAGAUCCAUCUACGAGGCGUAUCGAGAAGAUACAUUAACAAAGAACGGAGACACCACAGAGAGUUUCAACAGAGUGGCGAGAAUAUACGAACAGGAGCUAAAAAUUCCGCUCCACAACAUGGAGGAAUCGUGUAUCCAGUACAAACUGCUGUGCGAAAAGUAUAAAGAUCAGCUGACCGACUUGGACGAGGAAAAGUUCGAGAGGCGGUACAAACAGGCAAAGGAAGCCUUGCAGCGGAUGAUGGCCCACGAAAAUGCCCUAGCGGCACUCAAAGCGCACUGUCACCAGGAUCGCGCGGAUCUAUAUCGUAAGUACAUCGAAGACUGUCAGGGCGUGCUGGACGACGACGAAGUACAGAUUCUGUACGAGCGAAUGGUGACCGAGUGCUGCCUAGAUGGGACGGUAUGGGUGGAUUAUUUGCGUUACUUGCACCGCUGUCCGCCCGACCCGGAAGAUGGUCAAACAUCGCCCGUUUUCCGCCAGAGUGAGCUCGACGUCGUAAAUCGGGCACUACGCAACUGUCCCUGGUGUGCGGAGCUGUACGUCGAGAAGAUGCGCAUCGCCGAGCGGCAUUACAAGGAAAGCUCCAAGAUGAUGAUCCUUAAAAUUAUGGAGGAUGUAGCCUCGGCUGGGCUGCAGACGCCGGAAGCUUCGGUGAAGGUUUGGCUGGAGUAUCUGACGUACUUACGGCGCGUUACGGACUUUACCAGCGAGAAGGAACGGGACAUCCUGCGGGCAAACUUUGAUUUGGCUUGGAAUCAGUUGGGCAGGGCGUGGGGUGUGCUGGCCGAUCCGCAGUGUAAGAUCCUGCAGUUUUGGGGCAGACUUGAGUAUGAGGUGCUAGGAGAGCCGGGCAAGGGCCGUGAUCUGUGGUAUAGUGUGAUGGAUAGUGCCGAUAAUUCCACCCGCGUAGGCCUUUGGAUUGAGUUUACCGAACUAGAAGCCAAACGGGGUCCGGACGCCGUUCGAAAGCUGUACCGCAAAUCGAUCACCACGGCCGGGUUAGACGAUCCGGAAACGCUGGCUGCUGCGUGGUUGCGCUUCGAGAGAUGUAACGGAACGCUGGAUCAGCUCAUCAGCUGCCAGGAACUAUGCAAUGCCACGAUAGAGAAGUACUACAAAACAUUCUCGACGAAAACCUCGGCACGUGGUGUGAAGGGACGGAAACCGGAUGGAGGCAAGGAACCGGUUACAUCGUCCAGCAAGUUGGGUCAACCACCGAACACUGAUAGUAACGCUAGCGCGGGGAACAUGGGUAAAAAAAACCUGAAACGCACCCAUGAUCAAACGAGUCCCUCGUCGAAGGCAGAAGGGGAACGAAAGGAAGAAUUCAAAACCCCCGCCGUCCCAGCUCCCCAUCCUGCUUCCAAAGUGGUCGACAGUAACAACAGACAAGAAUCAUCGCACGACGCAUCGAAGCGGCCCAAGCUUGAGGUGACAGACGGCUCCGAGGAGGUGACAGAGAAAAGUUUCGAAAGGCGGCAAGUUUUCGUCAGCAACCUUAGCUUCGAUGCGACGGAAACGGACAUUCGUGCCAUUUUCCCUGAACUGGCCAUCGAAUCGAUUGAACUGGUCCCGUCAAGCUCGGGUAAAAGUCGCGGCUUCGGUUAUAUGCUACUGGCCAGCGAACAGGAGGUACCCAAGGCGCUCAGCUUCGACCGGCGCCCUCUGGCAGGGCGGCCAGUAUUCAUAUCGAAUGUCGCGCGUGACAAAGCAAAUCGACUGAACCAGUUCAAGUACUCGUCGUCGUUCGAGCCGAAUAAAAUCUUCAUCAAGGGCUUACCGUUCAAUCUCGGAAAGGACGAUUUGCAGCGGCUCUUUGAACCGUUCGGUGCCAUCAGGGACAUUCGAAUCGUUUGCUUCCGCAGUGGAAAGUCGAAGGGUUUGGCAUACCUGGAGUAUGAAACGGAAACGGCCGCGAAGAAUGCCGUGCUCAAGAUGGAUCAGCUCGUGAUCGAUGGGUUUACGAUCACGGUGGCAAUUUCGUCACCACCUCCGAAGAAAAAUCCUACCGCAACCGAGCCCAACUUAGCCCUGACAGGAGAGAAUGCCGAUGGUACUGGGAACAGUGCAAGUUCUAGCCUUGGUUCGGGCAAAAGACAACUAGCUAAAGGGGACGUCAAGCAAAAACUGUCCCCGAUGAUUCCAACCGCCUUGCUGAAAAAGUCCGCCGCCGCCGCGGCUGGCAACGAGAAGCCAAAAUCUAACGACGAUUUCCGCAAGCUGUUGCUCAAACAGUAGAAAAACACUUCAAUGUACACUUUUCUUGUGUAGCGUUCAGCAGUUUUUCGUGUUUUUGGUUGGUUUAAAUGGGAGAAAAGUCCGAUCUUCUUUAAAACAACAUUCAGUGUCUUCAAGACAAACAAAUUCUAUUUAUGUAAGAAUUCCGCUUCCAUCAUUUACUAGUGCUGCAGGGACCUAGGUACGCACUAUCUGCGUGCUAUGAAUUUAAAAGGAAUAUUCGUGCUCGGAUUAUCUCGUGCGUAUGCUUUUUCCUUUGCUGAACAGUUUGUCCAUUUCAUUUCAUGUGAUCGGAAGAUAGAGUCUUGAAUGAUAGUUCUUUCAAAAAGAUUCAGCUGGAAGAAUAGAACGCAAACAAUCGACCUUCUAUUUCUUCCUUUUCAACAUUUUAAUUCCAUUUUUAUUCUAUUCUGUC